GCCAUGGCUUCGAUCCCUUGGACAUGAAAGUUCUCCUCGGAACCAAAAAGAGAGCUUACCGUGAAUGAGUUUGACGCCAUGGCAAUUCCUCCACCUUCUUUGCUCGUCCUGGUGUUGGUAGCACACGUUUGUCUUGGCAGCUACCUCCACUUCUCUUAUGCCCAACAGUGCAGCCCAAACGGGCAGAUCACCGGCGUCUCCGGGGACUGUAACACCGACAACAACGCCGACUGCUGCGUGAACGGCCAGAUGUACGACACCUACAGCUGCUCGCCGACGGUGACGGGGGAAACGCAGGCGCACAUGACCAUCAACAGCUUCGCUGAAGGUGGAGACGGCGGUGGGCCUUCCAAGUGCGACGGAAGCUACCACAGCGACAACGAGCUCGUCGUCGCGCUCUCCACCGGAUGGUACGACGGCGGCAGCCGCUGUUCGAAGAACAUAAAGAUCAACGCCAAUGGCCAGACCAUGCUGGCCAAGGUGGUGGACGAGUGCGAUUCCUUGCACGGCUGUGACCAAGAGCACGCCUUCCAGCCGCCGUGUGCGCCCAACAUAGUCGACGCAUCUCGAGCAGUGUGGGAGGCUUUGGGGAUCCCUGAAUCGCAGAUCGGAGACUACGACAUCACUUGGUCUGAUGAAUGAUAUGAAAGCAGGUGGAUUAGGAUUCCAGUGCACCCCUAAGCAUGUAUUCAUUCCUAUGCCAUAAUCGUACGAAUAAAGCAGCCGAACAGAGCUUGCUGUAAGCUAAAUCUAUGCAAGAAUCUAUGAUGUGUCUCAUAAA